CCGGUCUUCCCUUUGUCCAAUAAUGCACGAGCAAGCAACUUCCACUCUGCAAGAUGGCAAGAGAAGCAUCAACACGUGCCCAAAAUCUCUCCCUAGGCGUGGCACAAAACUCAAAGUUAUGGCCAUUCAGAAGAUCCCAGCUAAACAAGCUUUGGGUAGGGGGUAGUUUCUCGUUCCUGACCUUUGGACCUCUACGGAUAUAAUAAUUGCCGGUCCAUCACGAAUCUCCGUUCAAACUGUAUCCUACCUGCCUACGGAACCUCUGUCGUAUAAGGUAGGUAGAUGUAACAAGAAACACAUAAGUUCGACCUUGAUUACUAGGUAUUUACACAUCGGCUCUGAAAUACGUUUACCCUUCUAUUCUUCUCCUAGGACAUCCUGAGCACGCCAAAACAUGACGGGCAAGUCAUUCUUCAGAUCGCUCAAGAACAAGAUAUCACCUUCUCAUAAGUCUCCAAUGUCGUCCGACGCAUGGGGCAAUGACGCCGACAUGAGGCAUUCUGAUUUUGGCUCCCGACAUGUCGGUUCUGGUACGAACCCCUUCUCGAACCCUUCAUUAUCAGUCCCCGCUCCUUCUCAACUAGCCACGGAAAAGCCCCCAGCGUACUCUGAGUCGCCGAAUGACCUCCGCAUUGGAAAUAGUCGCGGAGUGUCGCCGACACCUUCCCACAUCUCCGCUGGAAGCCUCACCACCCCAGAAGACCCUUAUGCUUUUCUAACCACCUUCGACACCAUCUUCGUUAUCGAUGACUCGGGAUCCAUGUCGGGCCGUUCAUGGAAGGAGGUUGCCGACGUUCUUCGCACGAUCACCCCUAUCUGCACCGCCCACGAUACCGACGGUAUCGACCUUUUCUUCCUCAAUCACAAGUCUCGUAGCCACGCGCUCCCUUCGAAGGGCUCUGCGGCUGGGGGCUACCGCGGCAUUACCGAUAGUGCAACCAUUCAGAGACUCUUCGCCUCUGUCCACCCCACCAACGGUACACCUACCGGCACUUGCCUGCAAAGCAUCCUGAAGCCUUACCUGGCCCUCUGCACGGAGAAGAAGGACGUCUUGGAGACCGUCAAACCCGUCAACGUUAUCGUCAUCACCGACGGUGUACCUUCAGAUGACGUGGAGAGCGUCCUCAUCGCUGCUGCCAAGAAGCUCGAUAAGCUCGAGGCCCCUCCUUACCAAGUAGGCGUACAGUUCUUCCAGGUCGGUAAUGAACCUGGCGCCAGAGAGGCCCUCGAGCAGCUAGACGACGGCCUCAGCGACCUCGUCGACGGCGGGAUCCGGGACAUCGUGGACACGGUUACUUGGAAUACCCAGAAAGGUGUAUCUAGGGUCCUGACUGCCGACGGGAUUCUAAAGACUGUGCUCGGCGCUGUGGUGAAGCGGCUCGACCGGCAGCCGGUUAACGCUGAGGCCUCGGGAAGGCACCUCAGGCCUUGAUCAUAUGUCGUCAUGAUGGUUGCGAACCCAUCUUCUAUCCACUUCAGAGUCAUUGUCCCUGUGUUUUCGGGGUCGUUGACUGGUUUUUUUUUUUUUUUU